CCUGAAUCGGUUUAGUGACUCAGAAUUCUACUUUCUUUGGGCUGAAAUGUGGUCUCUCUGAAUGGGAUUCUGGUCAUUUGCAGCUGAUGGAUUCUCUCUCUCUCUCUCUCUCUCUCUCUUUCUGUCUCUCUCUCCCUCGCUCUUGUAUGUUUUGAGUAACUGAACUAAAAAUAAGAUCACAGGAUGAUAAAUGCUGACAAAUGUUUUUUGUGUUUUCCCACUGAAGACCCAUUGUGAUCUGAAUGAGCCUUGUAUCUGGCUGGAGGACAUUGUCAAGCAACUGUCCCAAGCUGCCUGAGUCAUGCCCCUCUAGGGUGACUGUACGUUUCUGAGGGCCAGAUUGCCUUUGGCAGUGUGUUGACUCUUUGCCUUCUGUCAACCAUUAGUAAAUAGCAGCCAUCCUGAUGGGAGGAACUCUGUACAGCCAUCUCCCACACAGCCAUCCUGAGGGGAGGAGCUCUGUACAGCUAUCUCCCACACAGUCAUCCUGAGGGGUGGAGUUCUGUACAGCCAUCUGCCACAUGGCCAUCCUGAGGGGCGGAGCUCUGAACAGCCAUCUCACACACGGCCAUCCUGAGGGGCGGAGCUCUGAACAGCCAUCUCACACACGGUCAUCCUGAGGGGCGGAGCUCUGUACAGCCAUCUCCCACACGGCCAUCCUGAGGGGCGGAGCUCUGUACAGCCAGGGUCCUGCUAGACUGCCCCAGUGGAGGAACAACUGACAUGGCAGUAGCAGCCAGGAGACACGCAGCCAUUGAUGUGCAGCGGAAACGGAACACACUCUGAGGCUCCCAGACAUGGACACAAGCCAGCAGUUGAAGAUGAGGGAGCGCCAGCGCUUCUUCGAGGAGGUGUUCCAACACGACGUGGAUGUCUACCUCUCCUCUGCACAUCUGCAGAUAGACUACAAGAGACCUCCAAUGGGCAGCAUCUCCUCUAUGGAGGUGAAUGUGGACAUGUUGGAGCAGAUGGAACUGCUGGAUAUCUCCGAUCCGGAGGCUCUGGAUGUGUUUCUCGGCACGAGCAGUGAGGAUGAUGCCAUCCUGCCUGCAAUACCAGGUGUUGGCUGCAGUAGUGAUGGUGAUGAUGCACUAGGAGAAGAGAUCUUCCUGAGAGUCCCAGAUAACAGUGAUCUCAAGUCAUGGAUGUCCUCCACCUCUUCCUGCUCCACAUCUGACAGCCAGGCCACAAAUGAGGAUGGAGCUAGAACCCCUGUCAACCAAUCAGAUGAUGAGGAUGUACACAGCGAUGACGAUGACAACGACGAUGAUGAUGAUGAUUGCCUUUCGGUAACUGGCAUGGCCACAGCCAAGGCUGUGAAGGAGGAACAGCCUGCGUUGUUAUAAACAGCAUCAAAAGUUACUACUGGCUGAUCUCCUAACAGUGUUUCUCUAUCAGUCAGGACUUAUUCUCUGGUGGGAUGACUGCAUCUGGCCAUGUGCCACUCUACUGAAAACUUAAAUGGACUUGUAAAUGAACAUUCAUUUUUCCCUUCAACUUUCUGUUCAUGUGAACAGCUGUUGUAGAUUAGGCUUACGGUACGAUAUGCCUCUAUGGCAUCAUUUUGGCUUGAAUACAUAGUGCUUCCUUAAUAACUCCAGGUUCAUAGGCUGUAAUAAAGAUGGAAAAGUAAAAGAAAAGGAUCAUUUAAAGUCACUUUUAAACUAAUUUGCCAAAAAUAAAUGUUUUUGUUGUUUUGUUUCUGCACAUGGGUGUUCCUCGGUAGCAAUCUUAGAACAAUUUGGAACACUAGUCAUUAAGCCCAUGCAUGACUAUGCACAGACACAGUGAUUCCCUGUGUGUCUCUCUGUCUGUCUGUCUGUCUGUCUGUCUCUCUGUGUGUGUGUGUGUGUGUGUGUGUGUGUGUGUGUGUGUGUGUGUGUGUGUGUGUGUGUGUGUGUGUGUGUGCGUGUUUUGGAGUUGUCUAAUCCCUUCGAUCCACGCACUGUCCUAUACUUUAACACACAAUAAAUCUGAAUGCUACCUUUGCAA